GUAAUCAUGUGGAAACGACUGCAGGGCCACGGUCGAGAGAGGGAAAAGCAGAUCGGUCAUCCUGUCCUUGUUGAAACCACAUUCGACCAGGAUCGGCUCAGACACAUUCCUAAUAUUGGUGUCGCCCAAAAUGCUUCUUAUCAGUCCGCCGCUUCUCCAAUUUCGGGAGAUCAAAACCUGACGACACAAUAUCUUGACUAUCCUCAGUAUCCCAAUGACAAUAGGGCAUCUGAAGUCCCUACCGUCUCAUCUGUCUAUUCGCAACCUUCUCCUGGAUUCGGUUACGAUUAUAACGCUGCAUCCAAUAUGCGCUACAGCGUAGAUAUCUCGCCACCUAGUUCACCAGAGCUACAGGCUCAACGCCUUCAAUCAGAUGGUCCUCGAAGAUAUCGCUCCAUGCGUGAUGUCUCGCCCGUGGACGAGAAUCGGGGUCGAGAGAUGAACCCUUCGCCUCGGAAUGGAAGCAAUAUUCCUGUUCUUCGCAAGGUCGCGCCAGCUGUUCGUGGUGAAGACCAGCAAUCCACGCAGAAGUUUUGGGGGGGCAAAGUGGCACCAAACGCAAAAGUCCGCUGGGACGAAUAUUCCGGAGAGCCAACAUCUAGCAACGUCGGGAAAUCCGGCCAAGUCAACCCGCGCACUUUCUCGCAUACUGCCCUUUCGCCUCCUGCAGAUGAACGCCAAAUGGGUUAUCAGGUUUCGGUGUCCGGGCCCGAAACUACCCGGAAGGCCCCCCUCGCAGAACGUGCAAAUCGAUUUGGAAGGAGACCAUCUCCAGUUGAUACGAAGCCACGCGAGCCUUGGAGCCUGGCUAGUGGACGUAACGAGAUUGUGAAGCCCUUCAAAGAUCAGCCGUCGGAGAAGCCACUGAACUUUGUGCGGAAGCUGGACCCCGCGAAGAAACAGGACCAGGGGGUGGCGGACUCGCUUGCGACUACCACCAAACACCAAUUCGUUAGAAGCGAUACAGCAGUUGUCGCAGACUCUUUGGACAAUGCCGACAUGCAUCAAAAGUCCAUUAAACCCGUGGUCCCGCUCAAAGUUGGACGAUACUCUCCCAAUAACACUGGUUCUCCUAUUACCCCACAAAACCCCAGGGACCAGGCCAUCCAUUCAUAUCCCAGCCCCAUCACCCCAACGAACAAGCAGUCUCCAGUUGCAUCGUCGUACGUGUACGGCGCAGCAAGAAACGAAGUAGCCGGCACCAAGCCGGUGACGCCAACAACAGCGGGUGCUCCGCGCAAAUCGGUUGAAGGCACUCCGGAAUCUACGGCGACCAAAGAGAGCGGCCCCAAGAGUCGAUUUUCCUGGACCACGUACAAUAGCGGCACUACAUAUCAGCAUUCACCUCCACCUUCACCUCCACCACCAUUACCUACGUCUAACCAGCCUGAACCUGCUCCUGCGGCUGUUUCGGUACUGGACCGCAAGAGGCCUAUUCCUUCUUCUGAUAACAGGAUUCCCUCACGUAAACCAGUGGCUGAGUCGACAGUGACCAUCAUGCAGACUCAAUCUCCCAGUCCCGACCCUCCCUCGCCUCGUCCAGAGUCCACCUUUUCUAGUAACCCCCAUAAAGCUCUUCCACGGCCACCUCCCGAACUGGCCGCUGCCGAUCACAUUGAAGCUCUUGAGUCGCAAAUGGAGGACCUACGGGUUCGACGUAGUAAUGUCUACCGAUUACUCAACGACCUCAACAAUAUGGCGCCCCCCAACCCAAUGAUUACGGACUUUAAGCGGAUGCGGCUGGUAGAGCAACGGAAGAAGGAUUUCGAGAAUGAAUUGGCGGAGAUCAAAGUCGAGGAGCACGAUGUCGGGUUGAAGUUGCAUCGAGCGUUCCGCAAGAGGGAGAAGAACGACCCAAACGGCGGUAGUGCACUAUGGGUUCGGCGGGUUACAUCGUGAGACGACACCACGAAGAUGUUUCUGUUUGUAGUUGAUACCUUCUUUUCUCCCCCCUUUUGGAUUUGCCAUGGAGGAGAGCUUCAUUUUCGAUUUUUUGAUUACGACGUCUGCCACUCCCAGCUGCCGUUUCCUUUCUUGUACCUAUCAUGCUUUCCUUCUUUCCUUCUUUCCUUUUCUCAAUACUCCCAGUGGCUUUCAAUUCUUGUUUUUAGUAGGAUUCCUUCUCAUGACUAAUUUCUUUCAAACAUUCCGCGAAGGCAAUACCAAUCUUGCCGCUCCUCUUCAUAUGUAGGACUUUCUCGUAAAUCUUCGCCUCAUCAUGCCCAAAGCCUAAUUGUGUAAGCUCUAUUUACGUCUCCAUGAAACCGGAUGAGAAUUAGAGGGUGCAGUUGAACCUUUCCCUCCAGAUUGUAUACAGUAAUUGCUUCUUUAUCCCAGCCCAAUCGAUUCAAGAAUUGGAUAUAUAACUGUAUUGUAAAGAACGAUGGGCUUGUUUGUAAAUAGCAACAACGCCAGAUGAUAAUCCAGCGGAAAAUGGGGACAGUUACAUAUGACAUAUGCCAACGGCACGGAGAGCAAAACUAUGACUACGUGAUUACCCUUCUUCUUCUCAUCCAAACGUCAUCUUCAUGGAAGCUUCCUCCUCUCACACGCACUGACGACGUCUGGUGUUUUCGGCGAGCUUCCGAGAGGUUGGUUCAUCGGCUCUAAUUCGCGUAUUAUCGGCUACAAGGUGCCGUUGCACCAUUCCUCCCCACCACCUCCGACGAUCGAUCGCUGACAUCUGGGGAUGAUGCUUAGGCAGGUCGGAGAGUGUGGGGAUGUUUGUGUAGUUUUUUCUGCGCUUGAGCGGACAUUGAACCGAUUCGUGGUUGUUCCGGUCAUAGCUACCCUUGGUUCAUGGUGGUGCAUCGGUAUAUUAACGUACGAACACCAGCCCCCAAUGCCCGUGGGUACUAACUGUACUUCGAAUUUCUCACGUACGAAUGUGGCAGAAAACUAUGAAUCGAGAUUCCAGCCGAUUGCAUCCUCCCGUCUGUUUUUUUAUUUUGAGUUCCGUCUGUUCAGGUGCCAUCUGUGAACGAUCCAAACUAUAGCGCCACCAACACCACGGUUCAGAAUGUAGCUUUUGACAGAGACGAUCGUGCAUUUCAGAUAGGGCCUGGCCAUGAGAAGCUCCGAGGAAUAUAGGUGCUCGGAAAGGGAGCAUCCGAACCAGACCUCUUGGCAAUCUUUUAGCUCUAUAAAAGUCACACCC